AUGCAUCUGCGAGGUUUUGAGCUUGGAAAAUUAGAGCUUACAUCAGAGGAUGUGACUUCUGAUCUAGGUGCUGGGGCUGGCAAGAAGGGAGCCCUCAUGGUCCAGGUUCCAAAGUUUGCUGUCUGGUUCCUGACUGGUGCAAGGGAGAAGAUGAAGGAAGAAUUUGAACAGGUCCUUUCUGAGAAAUCACCAGGAACACAAUUUCAGGAGCUUAAGGAGGUCCAGUCAGCAGUGCUGCGGAAUGAAAAGGCACCAAAUACACUGAGGCUGAUCUUGGUCGGGAAAAGCGGAAGUGGGAAGAGCGCCACCGGGAACAGCAUCCUGGGCCGGACCCACUUCGAGUCAAGACUCAGCGCCGCACCUGUGACACAGACCUUCCAGACGGGGACGAGUGAGUGGGCCGGGAAGCAGCUGGAGGUGAUGGACACCCCCGAUCUCCUGUGUCCCUUGGACCCUCCUGCGGUGUCCACUCAGCGCAUGUGCGAGGCCAUCACCUUGUCCUCCCCGGGGCCCCACGCGGUGCUGCUGGUGACCCAGUUGGGCCGCUUCACAGAGCAGGAUCGCCAGGCGGCCCUGCGCCUCCAGCAGCUCUUCGGGGCGGGCGUGCUGGCACACACCAUCCUGGUGUUCACCCGCAGCGAGGACCUGGCUGGGGACUCCCUGGACGAGUACCUGCGAGGCUCGGACAACCGGGACCUGGCCAGGCUGGACGCGCUGUGCGCGCGGCGCCACUGCGGCUUCAACAACAGGGCGCAGGGGCGCGAGCGGGAGGACCAGCUCCAGGCGCUCAUGAAGCAGGUGGAGGCUGUGCUGUGGGAACAGGAGGGCCAGUGCUACAGCAACAGCGCGUACCUGUACUGGCAGGGGAGGCCACACUGGGACGGGCCAGCGAGGCCAGCGGUCCCGGGGCAAGGCUCCCAGGAGGAGCGGGAGGAGGAGGACAGGCUAGAGCUGUGCAAGGUCCAGAGGGAGUCUGAGGAAUCCCACAAACGUGUCCUAGGAAGUGACCCCCUUUGA